AUGGCCCAGCGGGCGAGUAUCCAACCCCAGAGCGUCGAUGCGCCCCUCACCUGCUUCGCCACCUUCCUCGUCCUGACCCUGCAGGACCGCCCCGCCACCUUCUGUACUGUCCGCACCACCCUGGCCGGCGUCGAGGACCUCACCAAGAACCUGACCAUCCGCGACCUCCACGCCCGCUUCACCUGCACCGGCCCCACGCACACGGCCCCGGGCACGCCCGGGGAUCUGUUCUUCCACAUCCGCGCGGAGCGACGCGAUCUGUGCUUCGAGUUCGAGCGGCAGCUGCUGGACCGGCUGGGCGAUGCCGUCACGGUGGUGGACGAGACGGAGGGCUUCCGCUACUUCGACAUGCGCGACCUCCUGGGCUUCGUCGACGGCACGGCCAACCCGGUCGGUCCCGCCGUGCCCGACGCGGUGCUGGUCACCCAGGCGGACCCCGCGGGGGUCGGGGGCAGCUACGUGGUCGUGCAGAAGUACCUACAUGACCUGCCGGGCUGGAGGGCCCUGUCCACGGAGCAGCAGGAGGCCAUCAUCGGUCGCACCAAGCCUGACAACGUGGAGCUGGCGGACGCGGAGUCAGGGCAGCGGUCGCACAAGACCCUGGCCACGAUCGAGGACGACGACGGGACGGAGCACGAGAUCCUGCGCGACAACAUGCCGUUCGGAUCCCCCGGCGCGGGCGAGUUUGGCACGUACUUCAUCGGGUACACGGGCCAGCUGUGGGUGAUCGAGCGGAUGCUGCGGCGCAUGUUCGAGGGCGACCCCCCGGGGCUGCACGAUCGCAUCCUGGACUUCUCGCGGCCGGUGACGGGCACCACCUUCUUCGCCCCGUCCGCCAGCGUGCUGGCCCAGCUGGACGACCAGUGAGGGUGGUGAUCAUCCGGGGCAGAGAAAGAGGUCGGAGCCUGCUAGAUGUUACAAUAUAAGCAAUCCAUCCAUUUUGCGUGCUGCGGUAUAUCCCCCCUCCGGACCCAUGGCCCGUGGAGAGCUGGGAGUCCGGCGUGCCCCCGUUGUCCAUGUAGAACACAAAGUGGCUCGUCGCGCGUCCGACAGAGCAGAUUCAUGCCUCGCCAGUCGUCGUGGAGCUGUCGCAGCCCCCCCGCGGGCCUGGAUCAUCCGCUGCAGACCGGACCGAUGGAUGGACCACUCCUCCGCCGGGCCCCAGUAUCGCUGAGACCAUCAAUCUCUGUAUCCCUCGG